AUGUAUACUUUCUCGUAGGAAUUUCACUAUCUUUUUACGCACAAAGCAUGCACUUUUCUGGUUACUUUUGAACUUGCUGUAGUUUUGUACUUAAUCUACCAAAGCAGAGGCUUCAGAUUUAACAUAUUUGGGGUUUUUUUUGGCUUAUAAGAGUUAUAUAGCUACAUGUGAUCUGAAUUCUUAUGGAGAAAAAAAUACACUCACUUUGAGUUUGUAAGAGGUGAAUUUGGGCUUGACCCCAACUACGGUGUGCAUCAUGGCUAGAUUUUGCAAAGUUUUUGACUUUGCUUCAAAUUGAAUUCUUCAGCAUCCAUGGGUAGCAUGCAGAGCCAUGGACAAUUAGGAUUGUCAGUUAGUGUAUCCUUCAUAAUCAGCUAAAGGAAAACUAGACUUAUGCGGAUCUUAUAACUGUGAUACCUAAGAAACCACCUGUAAUUUUCUUCCUCCUAUGUAAACUGUUUGGCUAAACCAUCCCCCUUUUUUAACUUAGUUUAUGGUUGUGUAUGUAUGUUCAACCGUGGCCUAGGAGUCCUUUGUGCAAGUCUUCUGCAGUGAAAUGCUACAUUCCAUAGGGUUCUUUGAGAGAGCACGUGGCUUACAGGAUUUACCAUCUGGAAUGAGCUUUCCUGAAUUGAAGGCCGCAAUUGUGUGUAUAUUUUCUUAAGUGAGAGUAGAAGCAGAUACAUGAAAUGUAUGUAAAUCAGGCCAUGUAAUUGACACUAGGAGUAUAUAAUUUUGCAUGAACCUCCUGUAUGAUAUAUGAGUAGAUGUUAGAGGAAUUAUGCGUGGACUUCUAAUUUCCUGAUAAUAUGCAGUAUUCUUCAAAUCAUAUCUUAUAUAUUUUUGCAUUCAAGUGAGAAAAACAACUUCGUCUCUUUAUCUACAAAAUUUCAGAAAAUAAAUAAACCAAUUCCAACAUGAGUCAUGCUAUUCCUAUCUAUUGAAUCUCACAGUUUGUUAAGGUUGAUGCUAAAUGGCACCAUCAGUUCCUGGAAACAUUUUUCUUCUGCAAUUUCAUUUGAGUCGUGACUUGGGAGUACUAACAAAUUCCAUCCUCAGCUGGAGAAGGAGGCACUUGCCAAAGGUGUUACAACUGGUCAGGCUCUUGACAUAGAAAUUCCUCCUCCACGCCCAAAAAGAAAACCAUGCAACCCUUAUCCUCGAAAAAAUAGUGCCGCUACCUUAGUACAGAUGGGAGUGAAGGAUGGAAAAUCUGAAACUCCAAUAUCGUUUUUGCGUUGCAAACAGGUGUUGGACUUGGAGAAAGAACCACUUCCAGAGAGACCUAAUGAGGAUGAAAAGUCUUCAAACCUGCAGGAAAAUCAAGAUGAUAGUUGCUCUGAGGUUUUUACCCAUCCUCAUGAAGCAAACUGCUCCUCUGUGUCUUUGGUGAACAAGAAUUCUAUGCUAACAUCAGCAGCGAUCAGAACCUCUUACACUUUUAGGGAGUUUGUACCUUUGCUAAAAGAGACGAUCAAUAAUGAUACAAGUAAGCCUUCAGACUUGGAUAAUUCUUGCACUUCAUAUGAGAAACAAGCUCAAGGCCAGAGAAAAGAUGAUAUGGAUGGUGCUGUACGUACAGAUGAGAUGAAAGACACUCAAAAUUACCCUCAGCAUGUUGCUAUGCACGUCCUAGAUGGAAGCCAGGGAACAUGUGCUCAAAAUCCUUCCCUGGAUAUACCUUUUCAGGACUCUAUAUUUCACCCUAUGGAUGAUGUUCAUGGACAAGCUAACCUGUUUGCAAAUCCGGCUGCAUCCACUACUACUUCACGUCAGAAUAAUGUACCAAGAUCAACUCAUCAGGCGUUUCCAACCUUUCAUACUCCCUUUAUGCCUCUGCAGCCCAAUCAAGAGGACUAUCAAUCAUUUUUACAUGUGUCCUCCACCUUUUCCAAUCUCAUUGUAUCUACUCUGUUACAAAAUCCAGCUGCUCAUGCUGCUGCAAACUUUGCAGCUACGUUUUGGCCAUAUGCAAAUGUUCAACAUUCUGCUGAUUCUCCCCCUCGUGACCAGGGAGGCUUUCCUUCUAGAGAAAUGAACUCUGCUACAAGUAUGGCUGGAAUUGCCGCUGCAACUGUAGCAGCUGCCACUGCAUGGUGGGCUGCCCAUGGACUGCUUUCUUUAUGUGCCCCUCUGCACACUGGCUGUUCAUGUGCUCCUGCAUUUGCAGCUGCUGUUCCUCCUGUGGAGAAUGACCAAGCUCCAGCUGCCAUGACGGGUGGAAAAAAUAAUUCUGAUCAAGAUCUAUCCAUGCAAAACCGACAGUGGGACCAUGUAUACUCUGAAGCUAUGCAAGGUCAACAUUCAGCAUCUAAGUCACCUACUUCGUCAUCAGACUGUGAAGACAGUGGGGAUGCAGAAGUAAAUAUUGAUGUGAAAGAUGCUGCAGUAACUGAGCCUCAAGAUGCAAAUAAAACAAACAAGAAACAAGUCGAUCGAUCCUCAAGUGGUUCCAAUACACCUUGCAGUGAGAUGGAGAUAGAUGUAUUAGAAAAGCACGAGAAAGACGAUGAAUAUACACAGGAAGCUGAUGUAAAUCAUACACAAGCUGAAUGUAAUAGUCGUCGUGGUAGAAGCAAUACGAACCUGAGUGACUCUUGGAAGGAGGUAUCUGAAGGGGGCCGACUGGCUUUUCAAGCCCUCUUCUCCAGAGAAGUACUGCCACAAAGCUUUUCUCCACCACAUGACUGCAAGAAUAAGGAGCAGCCAAAGGAAAAUAUAGGCGAAGACAAGCAAAACACAGAUGAGAAUAACGGAGAAACAUCAACUUUACACGUCACAAGCCAGGCAAGCAGAUCUUGUUCUGACCAUCGAGAAGUUGAGAACAAUGCAUUAUCAAAAGUUAAGAACAUUGUUGGAAAGAGCCUGCUGACAAUUGAGCUAGGACAUGAAAAGCUUAAGGGCCGCCGAACGGGAUUUAAACCUUACAAAAGGUGCUCUGUGGAAGCCGAGGAAAGCAGAGUGGUGAACACUGGUAGUCAAGGUGAAGGGAAAGAUCCGAAGAGGAUACGCUAUGAAGGGGAAGCUUCUACUUGACUUGAGCACAGCGUAUUCAUUAACAAAGGAAAUUUUCUGUUUGCUGUGUAUUUCUAAUUCCCCCCUCCCCCCCCAAUAUAUGACUUACGGUUUUAAUCUGAAGGACUUGCAGUUAACGGGACUUCACAUCUAGAAGUGUGUACUAUAUACAUGGGCUUAUUCACUUUCCGAGACCAUGCAACUGUAGUUAACUUUUAGAUAAGAAGCAUCUAGCAUAUUGAAUGGCCUUUGCUUUGGCUUCAUUUCAGCAUAUAUUUGGCCUUUUUUUGUUAUUCUACCAUGGACCUAUGGUGAUCAGUGAUCAUAUUCGCUGUAACCUUUUAGAUGCAUUGAAACAGCAAACUACACAGAAAAGGUCUGCUUGACCGCCUUUCAGUUACAGGGGACAUCCACUGGUUUCUGUAAACUUUUUAACUGCUUUUAUGCUUAUUUUUCUUCC